AGUGGGGUAAGUUGCGCCGCGCGCCGGCUCGUCUGGCCCUUCUCACUGAACGAAGCAUACACAACAUCGCUCCGCGUGCAUCCCUCUUAUUGUCAUCAUCGGUUGAUAACGAAAAAACGCAAAGAUCGACAAAUCGUGUCGCGACACGACGCCCUCGCGAGGACGAGGACGUGGGUGGAUGCAUCGUGGUGAUCGCGUUUCCGCGAUCAGACUCUUCCGGUCGGUUUCCGCGUUUGAUUUCUUCGCGACGGGAAGAGAAGAAGGGAAGGGUGUUGCACCGAUUGAUGACGAUCGACGAAGAAACGCGGUACCGUUUACGGUGGUAGAGAUACGCGGGUCGCGUGUGAAGACAAGCGGAAAGUGAACUUCGUCAUGUUGAGGGAUAAGAAAAUGUCACCGUGAUGUUACAUCGAAGCGCUUCGUCGCGGCGCCGGCGAGCGUCGCCAAGCAUGGCAAAUUCGAGCCAGCCGGCGGGGGUGUCUUCGACGAUGCGAGGUCGACGAGCGAGCGUCGCCACCGAAAAGCCCCUUAUCUUGCCGCCAAGCAGCCCCGGCGAAACGAUGGAAAGACAGAGAUCGCCGAGGGGUAGCAUGGUUCCGAAUAUCGCUCUGGAUACCGAGAGCGAUUCUCCCGACGAGGGAGUCUGUCGCAGGAUUUUGCCAGAUCCCGAACAAUACGGCACCAGUCGUAACUCCCUGGUGCCGGAGGCGAGCCGCAGCCCACGAAAUUCCCUGAUACCUGACGAUUACUGCAGAAGCCCGCGAGGCUCUCUAAUACCGGAUCCCAACAGGAGUCCGCGAAACAGUCUAGUGCCCGAUGUGGCCCGUUCACCGCGAUGUAGCCUCACACCGGAGUUAAGUCCGCGUCACUCGCUGGUGCCGGAUUCUGCGCUCAGUCCCAGGAACUCGCUCGUGCCAGACGUGGCUUACAACCGAAGUCCGCGAAACAGCAUAGCGGUCGGUGCAUCUAGGAUCUCUCUGCUGCCGGAGAACGGUGGUAGCGUAAUCGCGGCUGCUAUCCGUAGUCCUAGGCACUCGUUGAUACCGGAUUCGACGAGAAGUCCGCGCGGUAGUAUGGCGAACCUGGACUUCGACCGGAGUCCACGUGGCUCAAUUUGCCCGGAUGUGCACAGAACACCCAGGGGUAGUAUCACGCCCAUGGAGGUCGUAGACAGAAGUCCUCGUGGUUCGAUAGCUUCCGAGUGCCUGAACCAGAGCCCUCGCGGCUCGAUCGCGCCCGAUCCCAACAGAUCACCCAGAGGAUCGAUAGCACCGGACCCCGCGAAUCGGUCUCCACGUGGAUCUAUUUGUCCGGAGAGUAACAGAAGUCCGAGAGGAUCGAUCGCGCCGCACGACCAGACGAAUCGAUCGCCACGCGGCAGCAUAGGCGUGAACGAUAUCGAUAGACACUCGAGAGGUUCUCUUGGAGCCAUCAACGACGACGAAAAUAGAAGCCCCAGAGGAAGCAUUGGGCCUGAAGGAAUUGAUAGGAGUCCUAGGGGGAGCCUUGGAGGGCAUCAAGAUAGAAGAGCCCCACGGGGCAACCUGGGUUUGCAAGAUCCUAGAAGAGCUUCUGCAGAUCAGGGGAGCACGAGAAACCGAAGUUCCUCGCCUUAUCGCCAAAGAGAAGUGAGCUCGGGAAGUGUCAGAUCGGGCGGAAGCGGAGGCGCGCAGGUCAAUCUGGGAUAUGGGACAAACGCCUGGGCCGAUUCCAGGCGAGCCAGCAGCUCCGUUUCGCAGCUUUCAGGCGACGAAUCGCGUCGGCUUUGCGCCAGCGGUGCAAAAGCACCUGAAAAGGGCAACGCGGAAACUGCAAAUCUUAGCGUAGCGACAUAUGGCUCGGUCGUAUUUCAAUUGAAGGACGCCCAUCUUGAGGCAAACGGUAUCUGCGAUUUCGUCUUUCGCGCCUUGAAAGUUAUCAGCAAGACGAUGACGUUCACCAUAUGUCUGACCUGUCUGUCCACUGUGCCUAUCUUGAUGUUCAUUUUUGGUGUGCAGUUCAUUAAGGAUUGUCCGAAAGAACCAUACAUUCCUGUCUACAUGCUGAUCGGAGGAGUUUUGGGCGUCGUGCGCAUGUUUUGGGCGCUCUAUUCGCAGAUACGUUCCCGCAGGCCGGAAGUCCUGUCCGUUCCCGCAACCAGUUCAUACGUUUCGCCUAUGAAAUUACUCUCCAUAGCUCUAUCGUGCUUCCUGGUCGCAUGGUUCGUGUUAGGACAUUAUUGGAUACUGCAUAUAAUGUGGCCGGAAUAUAAAGUUUCGUUAUACGCGCCGAAUCAGUGGUGUCACAAAACGCUCUAUAUUUUUUCUUUAGUUCAUCUAUGCGUGAUGUAUGCGGUUUUAUUUGUAAUACUAAUAGUAGCGAUCGGUCUGGCUUUCUGCAGAAUUCUGGAAUGCCCUUUACCGGAAAGAUAUAGAAAGCGACAAUUCCAAUCAAGACUAAUUUUCCUAAAAAUUUUCAAAAUGGGAGAGUAACUCACAAUUAGACGCGUACGAAUUUUUCUUGGAAAAUACGACUAUGACUUAUAAUGAAAAUAACGUGCGAUGUUGAUCUAAUUUUCGUAGAAUCGAUGGAAACUAUUUCACGACGACGAAUACGACGAUGAAAAAUGUUUCGCGACACCGCGUUUCAAUUUGCUUAUUACAACACUCGAUACAAUUGCCGAUACAGAACCGAGUAGCACGGAUCAUUGUAUUGUAUAUACGCACACAGAUUAUGUUCCUAUCGUCAACGAAAUGUGAAUAUCUCGCUCAUAAUUUACAUUGAGUGUCUAACGACGUGAUUAAAAUAUUCGCGGCGAGAUUAUAAAAGAUACAAAUUAAAUAGACUUCGCAAAAAUACCUGUAUCGCGAUUUAGCCGUUUUCUAUUCCGCAUGAAUGAUACACACGAAAUGUUAAAUGCUUAACUCGUCGAAAUCAUUGUGUGUGUUAAUAGCGCACCUUAUCUAACCACUAUCAAAAGUAUAAUUGUUGAAAUACGAUAUAUAUGUAGUUUCUCGACAUCGUUUCCCACUCGAUCUAUGUCAAAGCGAUAUAGAAAGUGAUAUAUUAAACAUUAAAAGAGAUAAAAAACACACUUUUUUUUAUAUGUAAGGCGACGAACUCCCCCGCGAGAUCGAUAAGAGCACACUCACACUGCAAAGUGCUCCCGUUCUGGUCGACUUUCAGAUACAAAUAACCACGGCGAUCCGUUCGCCAGAAUAAAAUCCGCGAGAAGAAGAAGUCGGCCGGCGGCAGGAGCGGUGGCUGGCGUCUAGACAGACAUAAGGUCUUGGAGGAUCUGCAGGAGGAGGAGGACGACGACGAUGACGAGCGGAGCGAUCACGGGGAGGAUUGCAGUAACAAGAUCGUGCAGGAAGUAAAGUACUGCAGCAAAGUGCAGUUUCGUGCGCCGGAUAUCAUCGAGCUAUGAUGAAUAAGCGAUGAUGCAACGGAAGAAACGUCUUGCUGGCGAAAAAAAUCGAGAGGAAGAGGAUCGUAAUCUUAAGUUUGCCCAAGAUAACGACGAGGGGAUGCUGGCCACGAGAACGGUAUUUGCGACAGGAAGCUCUUCGAGGGGAGAUGAAAAAGGGAAAUGAAUAACGAGGUCGCGAAAGGAAAGGUAUCGCCGGAGAUCGAUGAUGGUGUAUCUUUCGUGAAUAAUCGAGGUCUCGACACUGACACGUAGAGAUCCCGUAGUAGAGUCUUCGCAUUUUCCGCAGAGAAGAUUUACGUGACGGAAACGUUUCAAUGGAGAUCCCGAAUCGAUCACGAAAGAAUUAACACGGAAAUAAUGAAAUCUAAGGAAGCAUAUAAUUGACUCGACUCAUUUAUCAUAAAUAAUUUUUGGGAAUGUCGAGAAGAAGAUGAUAUGAUUGAUAUUUUCCGAUAAUACAUAAAAGUAAUUUUUGACAACGACUAUUUUUCAAAAACUAUUAGAAUAUUAAUAUCAAAUUCAAUCAUGUUUAAUUUCAAUUUUAAGUCGACGUGAAGAGUUCACGUAGUUGAGUUCAUGAGUUUUGGCCUCAAUCCGUGGCAGCGAGAGAAAACGAAAUAAAAUUUUUAUUGACGAGAAAAGAUUAUCUGAAGACCCUCCUGUAAGAAAUGAUAUUGGAUGGAGCACGUCUUUAUCCCAAUAGUAGAAGACAGAAACAGAGAAAUAUUUUCUGAAGAAUUUCGGUUCUGAAACAUCGUUUCGAUUUAAGCGUAUCUUAACUGCGGUUCAGUGAGAAAAUCGAUACAAAGACCUUCAUUCGUAUCAAAACAAAAAUCUCCAAUUCCGCUGUUGGAGAAACAACGCUUCUUUUUGUACACAGAAUUAAAUGCAGAAAUGUAAAGUACGUAAACAGCUUAACUGAAUUAGCAUGAUUAAAUCGUGCAUUCAUUUUCUCCUACGAAUGUUUGUCGAAGAAUUCUACAUCAUUUCAAUAGGGACUGGAUACGAGAGAUUUGCCAAUCAUCGAUCUUCCGAUUAUUUUAAUUCGUCUCAACAUAGGAAUUUAUUGAGUUUCUUUUGUUUUUAUCAUUUAGUUCCCAGCAAAUAUAUAAAGAAGCAAGCAACUAUUAAACAUGCUUCUUCUUACUUUAUAUGAUAUACAACUUUAAGUAAUAUGAUGAAUAUUUGAUGAAUAUUUUCGAAUAAAAUUAUUCCUAAAGGAAGAUUCUUCUCGACAACUUGAAGGUCUCGAGUUCGAGUUUCAUUAGUUGCCACGUAAAUCCGCCCCCAUGGAAAUACGCGCUGUGUCGAAAGCUCGUCGAACCACGUUUGAAGAUUGCGCAAAGUUGAAGAAAAUUCGUAGAAAUUUCACGAUUGCAGUUUUACCGCGUAAUGUCAUCCGCAAAGUUGCGGUUUACCCAAACGCGAAGAAUUCGCACUUUUCCGAGUUACUUACUCUCGAAGCAGAAAAUUGUACAGGAGGAGAAAACCGCCGCAUGGGCAAAGAACGAAGCUGGAUAUCGACUUAUCGAGCGACGUCGACGUCGAUGAUGACGACAUCGACGAGGACGACAUACUCUCUUACUGGCCGAACCGACGCGCAAAUCCGUUUCUCGACGAAUCAAGUCUGGCAAAAGUAGUUACAGUGACUGCAGGAACUGCGUUCGUUCAGUGACGGAAGUGAUAUCGAAAUUUUGCAUUCCGGUUUUACUCGAUGCGCUCUCUCUCCCCUUCUCUCUCUCUUUUUUUCUCUCUGUCUCUGUCUCUCUCUCUCUCUCUCUCUCUCUCUCUCUCUCUGUCUCUCGCAAAGGAGUGAUACUUGUGCAAAAUUUCGUGUAGGAGGAAUAUGGAAUUUAAUGCUCACAUUCGUUACGAUUCAUCAACAUGUCAAAGCUUCCAAUCGUUUCUCGUUAUUUCUCGAUAGUAUCGAGCGCCAAUUACAGGUAAGUGGCUCUAAUUAAGGAUACUUCAACAUAGGAAAUGUAUAGGAGACAUUAUUUCUUAACUUUCAUUAUCUUUUCUCAUUCUUUCUCUUGUUUCUCCCAGUUAUAUUCUAAAAAAUUGCAAAUUUUCCAACAAAUAUCUUUUUUUCAUAAAGACAUAGAUAAUUCAAAUGAUAAACGCCAAAGUCUGUUUAUCAUCUUUCAUGUGAAAAAACCGUAAUUUUUUGUAUCCUUAUUUGUUUCAUGCUAUCGCGUUUAAGCAGCAUUUUAUAACUCUCGUUUAAGAUGUAAUCUAUCGAAGUAGUACUAUAUAUAUAUUGAGAUGAAAAAAGUCUCACAUCGUUUCAAAAAGAAUCAAGUACAUUUCGAAGUGUAUAAUAAUUAUUAACUGUGUAUUAAAUUAGUAUUACUGUGUACGUAAUUCGUCAUCAUCAAUUAUAUAAUGCGAUCGAUUAAAAUCGGUAUACAUAUUUGUCCUGAGUGAAAUUUGUCGAGACAUUAUAAAUAAGUUUUUACACAUCUACUAUGCAUAUCCAUGCACAUAUACAAGAAUGCUCUUUCACAUACACGACUUUUUUAUGAAUAUUUAUCAUUGAGUGACAUUCUUUUUUAGAUCUCGUCUCAUUUUUCAAAUUUCACGAGGUGAUGAUAUAAAUAAUAUAAUUAUCAUGUUACAUUCAGUAAAGAAAUAGCGUAUAAUUAAAAAUAUAAAACUUAACGAACCAAUUAAUACGCCUGAUGUUCUCGCUGAAACCCUCCUACGUGCGAUAUUUAAAAAAAUACUUCUUUUCUAGCGUGAAUAAUUAAAUGUUUAAAAAAAAUUGUCUUUUGAUUAAUUCUC